UAUGGAGUCCACAAAUACAAUAUAAAAGCAAUCGAUAAUCACUUGAGUAUUGAUCUCAUGUUUGAAUGAAUCAAAACUCAGACUCAAGAAGUCGACGAAGAAGUGGUGGUCAACUGAUCGAUGAUAAUCAACAACAAAGAGAUUACUUAUCAGAUCUUAAAUACACUAAAAUUGUCACAAAUAUAAUCGUCACCGAAGACAACGAUUUAGACGACAAAGAUUUGUGCGGAUGUCGAGUGGACUGUCGUUGUUGUGAUAAUCAAUGGCCAGAGGAUAUCAAUCCAGAAGAAGAACAUUGGUGUCAAUGUAGUCAAAGUAGAUGUGAUGUUGACUUCAAUUACGAUACAAAUGGUCUUUUGAUGAACUUUACGAAACCGAUUCACGAGUGCGGAGAUAAUUGUUUUUGUAAUUCCAGCGAUCAGUUGAAGAUUAAGUGUUGGAAUCGUUACACUCAAAGACAAAUUAUAUUCAAUACACAACUAUUUAUUCAUCCGAUUAAAGGUUACGGUUUAAGGACAUUGAGUGACCUAAAAACGGGUCAAUUUGUGACUGAAUAUUGCGGUGAAGUUAUCGACCGAAUUGAGGCCUACAAGAGAUUUGGCGAACAAAAUGAAGAAAAACAUAAUUAUAUUCUGAUAUUUAGAGAACACUUCGGCAAAGAUAUCAUAUUUGAAGUGAUAAUUGACGCAAAAUAUUACGGAAACGACUCGAGAUUUAUUAACCACAGUUGCGAUCCUAAUCUAAUAGCACUUCCUGUAAGAAGUGAUUCAUUGCGGCCAAGAAUUUGUUUAUUUGCUAUAAAAGAUAUCACUUCUGGAACUGAAUUAUCUUAUAAUUACGGUUCAAAUGAUAGUCCAUUGAGUACUAAGAAGUGUUUUUGUGGUUUUCAGAAGUGCAGAGGUUUUAUGCCUAAAGAUAAUUAUUAAUUUUUUUUAUUAAACCCAUUGAAUAAUACCGUUAAUUG